AUCCGGGAGUAGGAAGUCCUUGUCCGCCGGCGAAGUAACCGCCCAAAGACAAAUUAUAACUUAAUUCAACAAAGAUAAGGAACAGAACCGAGUAUGGCCUCGAAAAGACCACUUCAGACGGCAGGGUCUGGCCGUACCUCUGGACCAGAUGAUGAGACCAGAAAAGCUGCAGAAGCAGCAGCAAAGGCAGCCAACCGUCUGCCUGAAAUCCGUCUGGUGGUGCUGGGUUGGAGAUGGCCAGGGAAGAGCCUGACAGGAAACACCAUCAUAGGCAGAGAGGAGUUUCGUCUGGAGCGAGCAGCCGAGUUCUGCGUGAAGAGACAGACUGAGGUGAAUGAGCGGCAGGUGACUGUGGUGGACACUCCAGGCUGGUUCUCUGCCCAGGAUACACCACCUUCCUUUAAACAAGAGAUAGUAAGGGGAGCAUCUCUUUGCGCUCCAGGUCCACACGCCUUCCUGCUGGUCAUCCCUGUGGGCAUGUUCACAGAGGUCGACCGUGCUCGCAUCGAAGAGCAUGUUUCCCUGUUUGGUGAGCGAGUGUGGAAGCAUACAAUCGUGGUUUUCAACUGGGCAGAUGUGCUGAGGACCAUUUCGAUCGAGAGAUACAUUCGCAGGGAGGGAAAGGAGCUGCAGCGGGUGCUGGAAAAGUGUAAGAGAAGGUACUUUGUCAUUAACAACAGCAUAUUUGGGGAGCAUCCCCAGGUGGAAUGCUUGCUGGAGAAAGUGGAAAAGUUGGUGGCAGUGGAGGGAGGCAUCUACAACCCAGAAGAGGUGGAGAAAGAGAAGAAACCUUUGGAUGAGAACCAGAAUCCAGCCAGGGAGGGACGAGAGCUGGGUGCACGACCCAAGCAGAACUCUGGGCUGGGUUUGUCAAAAGCAAUGGAGGUGGACCCACUUUCCAAUUGAAGACGCACGCCUGACUGAUGGACCCACUGCCACACUGUUGUGAUGCCACAGCGCCUUAUCUGACUAGAAAAGAAAACUGAAAUUUGCUGAAUGUACAAAGCGGUGUGAUUAAUUUUAUUUAUUUUUUCAAUCAGACGUGUUUCUUAGUGUUUUAGUUGUGUGCUCUUGGUAUGAUGCUGUUUCUUUUACUGUGAUGAUAUUUGAGGCCUUUUCCAUGCUGUUAGAAAGUCAAACUUUGUAACAUAUUGUGAUAUUUCUUUUAGGUUUGUGAUAGAGUUUAAGGGUUGUUUGAGGUUCUGAGGAACUUUAAAAAAGAAAGACAAAACUGUUAGGCAGGUAGCUCUUUUAUUUAGCCCAGUUUGUACACUGCUUUAGUCUCGAGGCUCAUGUCAUAUGACGACAAAGUUUCAUGACUAAACUGUUACCACAUAUCCUGUUAAUGACUUUAAAGGGAAUUUCCUUGUAUCGAUUCCCAUCUGUUGUGACCAAACUGUUAAUCAUUCUCUUAUGCUGUAACGCUUAUCACACUCACAAUACAUUUAUAAAGCACUUCAACAGUU